AUGGGUGAUCUGGAUUCUCGAGGGGGGAAACCGGUACCUGCAUGCGAAAAAUGCCGCAUCCUCAAGGUGAAAUGUGUUCGAUCCGGAGAGGGACAGCCUUAUGUGCCCGAUCAAACUCGCAGUGUGUUUUUCCAGUGCCGAGACAGCGAGCUCGGGUUGCACAACGAGCGAGACCGGUGUGGAUGGAGGCGACUGGUCGAUCUUGAGACCAAACUCUCCAACAUCAUCGGUCUUCUUUCGCGCUCGAGUGGUCCCCUUACUGAGGUCCUAACCCCGCCUGGUUACAAUUCUCAACCGCCUGCAGUCCCCGAUUAUCCCGGUGACAGGCCCCAUCGAAUAGUCGAGUCGAUAAGCGAAGAUGUCCUUCCUAAUUCUGCAAUAGCCCAAGGCCCGGAGUCAGGUGACAACCAGAAUACCUUAGAGGCUCCGUGGGACUCAUCUACUGCUAUAGAUGCCGCGUGGGUUACCAACUUAGGACUCAGUCCUGUCGCCCUCGAGCAUCUCCUCGAAAGAUUUCGCGGCAUGGCAUCCUACUUUCCAUUUGUGCGACUCCCAGGCGCCUCGACUGCUGCCUCGAUGACUGAAAGUCGCCCUUUCCUAUUGCUUGCAGCUGUGGGGGUUGCUUCAUCGAAUUACUGUCAUCUACAAGACGCUCUGACCAGAGAAUUUCGAAACACCCUCAGCGAGCGGGCUGUGACAGCUGGGGAGAAGAACCUAGACCUGCUCCAGGGAUUACUUGUUCACCUUGCCUGGUUCCAUUUCGCCUUUGUCCCAGGGAAUCAGCAAGCGUACCAGUACCUACACAUUGCGAUCAGCAUGGUCAUUGAUCUGCGACUCGACCAACAGAGUGUCGACCUGGUUGAGCAACAAAAUGAACCGACCGAUGUCUAUGCUCGGGAUGCAUGCCGUGCUUAUUUGGGCUGCUAUUACAUGUCUAGCAUCAUAGCAAUGUCUUCGGGAAAGCCCAACAACCUCCGAUUCCACAAGGACAUGCUUCGAUGCGCAACAAUGCUGCAACUGGAACCGGAGUUUGAGACUGACCUCUUGAUAUAUCCGAUAACACAGGUACUGCAGUUUAAUGAGGACGUGUGCGAGACUUAUCGAAUGUUUGCUGACUUGGAAUCUGCAGUGCUGCUGAUUGACCGCUAUCAUGCCGUCAAAAUUCGCAUCCAAGAAUUGGGCUUGGUGUAUUGCUAUGGGCAGAGAAGACCUUCAUGUCAAAUGGCACGGGGAGAGUCUACCAUCUUGUCGACACAUCCCAAUGUCAUCAACAACUUGACCAAAUGCGUCAGUUCUGCGAAAGGCUACCUCCAGAUCUUUUGUGCCCUUCCCGCUGCGGAACAAAGUUUCUUGCCAUUUUCUACCUGGUAUCAGGUUAUUCUUGCGGUCUUUGUGCUGUACAGGCUGUCCGUGGGACUGCCCGAGGUACCGCAGUGGAGCGUUGACAUUGCCCGGCAAACCGUGGAUCUACAAGAAUGCAUCGAUCAACUGCGGUCUCAUUUGCAGGGGAUCAAGCCUUUGUCAGACCGGCAGAUACCCAGCAAGAGCCUCUUCUCGAGACUGCCCGAGAUCCUGGAAAGUGUAGGAACUUCCUAUACCUUGGCCAAGGAGAAUGCUGCACAGGUUUGUGAUAGCCGCCGUGCGCAUCACGAGCUGAAGGCUUCCGAUAGCACGGCCUCUCCUACUCAAGGACUGCAUCGCUGCCCUGCCGUGCGGUAUUCCCGCCGUUACGUUGCCCAGAUCCAUGAACCAUCUACGCUACAGGGCGCGAUUGCUACGGAAGUACGGAGUAUCGAAGAUGAGACGCUAUGGGGCGAUUUGUUUCUACUCGACACACUCUCUAGCAUGACAGGUCCUUCCCCUCCAGGUCCUUGACAAGUGAUCUGCGCAACUCCAGUUUCAACUUCACAUUCCCUCAGACCUCAUCGGGAAAGACGUGGGUGGAGAUCUUGUUUCCAGCCGAAUCGUAACGUUGCGGGAGCACGUUGAAGGUCCCGUCCGCAUCGCGUGGUUCAAAAUCCAGCGACAAUGUCGCCUGGAUCAGCAGGUCCAGCCCAUAAGUCUCCCUGAUCCAGUGGGCGACCAUGUCCAUUCCCGCCACUGCUCCGCUCCCUGUCCAAAUGUUGCCGUCCACAAUCCACUUCUUCUCCUUUGUCCACUUGAC